UAAUUUCAUAUGGGAAAUAAGCAUUCAAGACAUUCUGACAAGCACGCUGAGUUCGAGAAGAAGUACGGCUGCAGUCACUACGAUGAUAAUACUAUCAUCAAGCACCAGAGAUGGAAGACAGUGCCAAUGACUCAUGAGGAGUCCAAGAUGGUCCUUAGAAGAAUGAAGACUAUCUGCGAGAGCACCUGCGUUGAUGGAACUACUGGGUUAAAGAAAUCAAAGAGCAUGACUACUCAUGAUGCUAUUGAGUUCGAAUAUUAUUGCCAAAAGUGCAAAGGAAGUAGAUUUAUCACCAUAGAGCUCUGGCCUAGCGGAGAGAUCGCUAGAUCAGGCAAAUACACCAAGGUGAUUAAGACCAGAGAGGAGAAAAGACCAAAGGACCUUAACAUGGGCAAGGUUGAAACAAUCUUCAAGGACUUCAAAGACAUCAGAUACGACAUUCUAAAUGGUAGAAGGUCAGCCCAAAAAUUCUGCGAAGAAGUUUGGGGAAAACUAAUGGAAGCCUAGGACUUUUCUGGAAUUUGACCAUAUUUCUUAAAUU